AUGGCCGAUGAAGUUGCCAUCAUUGGAGCAGGCUUGUCCGGUCUGACUCUAUCCCUUGCUCUACAACAACAGGGCAUCAAAGCUACCGUCUACGAAGCGCGAUCUGCCCCCCUCAACAUCGGCGGAGCAGUCAUGUUAUCACCCAACGCUCUGAAAGUCCUUGAUGCGCUCGGCGUGUACCAGGAUGUCCGAGCACGAGGCUACAACUUUGAUCAGCUCGAGUACCUCAACGCCGGUGGCGAACUCAUCGAGACCUACGAGUUUGGUAGCAAAGAGAAAUACGGAUAUCAAGCAAACAGAAUCUACCGUCACGAACUCAUCGACGCCAUCUUGUCCAAGAUCAAGGCCCAAGGCAUCUCGGUCGUGUAUGGGACCAAAUACUCCCACAUUAUCGAAGAGACCGACGAUCACGUUAUUUGGGAAUCGACAGACGGCGUCACACAUACCGCUUUCUCGCUCGUUGGGGCCGACGGAAUCCACUCCUCGGUUCGGAUGUAUCUGUAUCCUCAUCUGACGCCCAAGUUCAUCGGCAUGGCGGCCGUCACGGCGGCAGUGCCAGCAAGCCAAGUCCAGUGGCCGGGUGGCCGUAUCGACAAACCUUUGACUAUCAUUUCCGAGACCAAAGGCGCCUUCGUGGUCGCACCGCAAAGGUUCGAUGGUUCGGAAAUGUUCUUCGGCAAACAGAAACGAAUGGAGGACCACGACCGAGAAGGCUGGGACAAAGUUUUCGCAGACAAAGACGCCCUAGUCCAGUUUCUGCAGGAAGGCGCCGAGUCCUUUGGCGGGGUCGCUGUUUCUGCUACGAAGAGCAUCCCCCGUGACAGAAUCAACGUUUGGCCCUUCUAUGUGAUCCCGCAGCUUGAAAAAUGGGCAUCGGAAAAACGCAGGGUGGUCAUACUGGGUGAUUCGGCUCACGCGAUUCCGCCAAGUGCCGGACAAGGCAUCAACCAGGCUUUUGAAGACGUAUACAUGUUUGCGCUCUUGCUGGCUUCGAGCAAAGCUGGAGGCGUCCAAUUCGAGGAGGCAUUGACAUUCUGGCAGGGCUAUAGGCAAGCGAGAAUCAACAAGAUUCUGGAAUUGAACAAGCAGAUUGACCUGAGAAGGAUGCCGAAGGAACAGCGGACCGGUGAAGUGGAGAAGACGGUGCAGCAGGAGUUCGAUCUGAGCUGGCUCUAUGAACCGGAUUUCAAGGCGGAUGUGGAGAAUUGGAUCAAGGGUGGCAAUGCUACUGGAAAUAAAUGA